AUGGAGCCCGAGGUGUAUACUUACGAGCGCUAUGCCGCCUUGGCAACACAGGAGUCCACCACAGGACUUUCCAAUCUGACAUGGUCAAUCUGCACCAUGUCUGAAUCAGAGCUGCCAAAGGCACGAACUUUGCCAGGAGUGCUGCAGAUCGGACAGGCUGGCACUUGGGUGGAGUAUAAGGCGGUAACAGUACUCAGACGGUUUGACUCUGCUUCCAGGCCCUGGCUCUGCAAGUUGCAUUCCAUAAAGGGCCCCGAGCAACCGGAAUACAUCCUAAAGCCGGAGGAUGUGGGUCGCGAAGCUUGUGUCAUGAAUAUAGCUUCGAGGCUGAACUCCAUCUGGCAGGAAUAUCAAGUGCAAUGCUGUGGCCAAGCCGUGUAUGUCAAGAUAUACCGAAUCUUCCCUGUUGGACCUGACAUGGGAGUCGUGGAAGCGGUCCCUAACGCCAAAACUUUGCAAAAGCUGAAGCGAGACUGCCCGACUGGCAGCCGGAGGCGAGAACGAGUGCUUCAGUUCCUGCAGUGGGACGAGAGUAAGUUGAACCUCCUUGCUGUCACCACAGCAGGGCUUCUGGCCAUGUCAUAUAUGUUUGGUCUUGCAGAUGGCCAUGGUGACAACUACAUGGUCACUGCUGAUGGUGAGUACUUUCGUAUAGAUUUUGAGCACACCUUUGGCCAGCACCCCUCUUCAGCUGACGCUCCACGCCUUUGGUUGCCAAAAGCGGUGCGAGUCGCACUAGGCGAUCGCUUGGAGGAUGUGAUUUGCGCUGCGCAGGAGGCGGUCGAAAAACUCUUCGUCAUACACGAGGAACUUCGAAGUCUCUGCCAGGUGAUGGAUAUGGCUUUUCCACAGAAGCAAGGCGCUGUGGAGUAUCUUGCUCAGUUGAGCCUUGAAGAAUUCCGCAGGGAAGUACAAGGUGUUCGAAGCUGCUCAUGGGGCAAGCGCCUAAAGAGCACCUUCCGGGCUCUUGGCUAUGGCAGGAGACGAGAUGUCCGCCAUCGUCCGAUGCUGAACGUUCAGUCCCCGGCGGCUUUACUGUGUAUUUGUAGGCGUUACCCUGCAGAGUCAGCUAUGGAUCUGAAGGAAUUUGCAGAGCGCUUGUAUUCAACGUCCAGCUUACCGCGCUUGGUCCAUUUUGAGGAUGCCAGCACUCUGAUUGCCAAGCUGUUCCUUAACAGCAACCCAGGAAGAGGUCAAGACGGCAUAUUGGCAGCUCGCGCACAGAUACGCCGCAAGCCGAGUCGGCAAGGCCGACGACUUCCAGACCAUUAG